CUCCAAACAGCGAGACUUUACUGUCUGGAAAAAGUAUUACAGCAAAGCCUAAAUGGUGUGCAAAGCGCGCAGACCUAUGACCUAUUGGUGUGCUCUUUGUUUGUCAUUCAACAUAACUAAAAUCACAACCAAUGUUCUGAUGGUUUCUCAGCCUUCCUGUCGACUCCAUUGCUAUGCAGUCAUGAUGUUAGGAUGUUGUCUGCGGAAACAACGACCCGACGAUUGUGAGCAGAUAGUAUUUAAGAGUGCAGACUAUGGGACUAUCAACUGGCGGACUCUUUCUAUCAAGUGAACUGGCCAGAUUGCGACGAUAAAGGGAUUCACCAGAUCACGCUGAAUGCCAUCCAGCCAAAUGCAGAGCGACACAUAUCCACUAGGAGAAAAUCCUCUGCCGAGAACGAGACUUCGUACAGUCGUUCAAGAAGCACUAGCCAAUCAGAAUCAGAGCCCAUUUGUUCACCGAUCACAUACCCUGCAGGAGUGUCCCACUUUUCACCAAACAUCCGAGAGAGCUUCCUAGUGUCCUAUUUCAAAGCAGAGGACGAUGAAGUGUUUUCGGGAGAAAAUGUCCAUCAAGGCGGGAUUGGGGAGAGGGUCAAACAACCACCUACAGUCAAGUUCUCACUGCAGAGAACUCCCACAGAUAGCGGAUGUUGUAUACAGGUGGAACUGAAGGCCGCCCGGAACCUACCGUGCAAAGGACGCGGCCUCGUCUACAACCCCAUCGCAGUUCUUACUUUGCUUCCUGGAAACCACCAAACCCAGAUGUCCACAAGAGCCCCAAAGACGCUUAACCCUAACUUCCAACAAACAUUCACCUUUUCUUUUAACAGAAGUAGUCAUAGAUAUUCCUUCCUCCGUAUAACUAUAUACGAUGCAGCGAGGCGCAAAAAACAUAUGUCAGUUGGCCAUGCAAUACUUCCGUAUGUUGAGACUUGUGUCAAGUUUGGAAGUCCAGUGGAUUAUGAAUUAGUGCUCGGCAAAAGUUCUGUGAUACAUGGGGCAAUCGGCGACAUUUACAUCACUCUGUCCUACACGCCCAUGGAGAAAUGUCUCACUGUGGGUUUGUUACGAGUGCGUCAUCUGGCGGUGACAGAGAUGGUAGGAUGUGUCAAUAAAGAACUCCAUGCCAAAGUUUCUCUACUGUUCACUGGUGAAAACGUUAAAACGAUGAAAUCCGGGAUCAUUUGCCCAUCUUCCCGUUCAUUUAUCAACGAAAAAUUUCGUUUCUUUGUGCCUGCGGCAGUUUUUGACGACAUAACUCUUGUAGUGACCUUAGUGGUAUGUAGUGUCUUCUCGGACGAUGCCCCGAUUGGGCGUGUCACGGUGGGUCCGUAUUUCCGGUCCGGAGAAGGUGCUCUGAACUACUGGGGCGUGUUGGUUCAAACAGAACGGGUGGUUAAAGGCUGGUACACUCUGCAUCUGUGAAGUUGUUUCCUACUCGCAACACAAUUGGUCGUCUGAGUAUGGCCCGAGUUAAAGCCCCACUGAAUGCGUGAGUGAACUUAAAUUCGCUCCUAACUGGGAUUAGUGCGCCCUCGUGGCGAAUAGACACGUAAUAAAUGGAUUAUUUUCCAUGAAUUGAUUGUAAUGAUACACUUCUAGAAACUUACU